AUGCUAGCUUUGACCACACGCAACACUCUCAGACAAUCGCUCAAGCUUCAGUGCGGUAUGGCUUCCAGAUGCUACACCGAGGGCUCGACUGGCUCUCCAAGAGGCGAAAGCGCAGAAGACGCUUUUGUCAAAAGAGAGCGUGCCCAGGAAGACUAUUACAUCAGAAAACAUGAAAAGGACCAGUUGGCGCAACUGAGGCAGAAAAUCACCGAGCAGCAGAAGAAAAUCGACCAUUUGGAGGACCAACUGAACGGGAAGAAAUGA